AUGACAACAUUUCGUAUAGCAACAAUUAAUGUACAUUCUUUUCGUAAACCUUUAACUGUUUCUUCUAAUACCUUAGAAUUAGUAUCAAUUCUUGAACCACUCAAUCUCGAUGUAAUUGCCGUGCAAGAAAUGCAAAAUAAUGAUAGAUGGAUGGAAUUUUAUCAACGUCUAUCUUUAUCGUUUACGGCAUAUGGGCCAUUGUAUGGAACAUUUUGUAAUGGUAUAGCAUCUCGAUAUCCAAUUCGUUGUUAUGAUGUAAAGAAAACAACGUUUUUGGGUGAAGGUGGCUACAGAUCGAUGCUUCGAUGUUGUUUAAAUGGCAUUGAUAAUGUAACAUUUGCUGUAACACAUUUAGAUUAUAUAAAUGAAGAUGAUCGAAUAAAACAAAUGAAAGAAUUUAAUCCAUAUCAGCAAAAUAUUGAUAUAAUUAUGGGUGAUAUGAAUGCUUUGACAAGAGAAGAUUAUUCUGAUGAUUAUUAUCGUGAUAUUAUUGUAGACAAACGAGAAAAAUCUUGUUGGGAGUCACCUCGAUUUGAUUUAACUCGAUUAAUAACACAUGAUUGGAAUUAUCAAGAUGCGUUUAAAAAGUUAAAUACAACAUUGAACAAUGAGCAAAUAAUAACCUGUCGAUAUGGAACACGUAUUGAUUAUAUCUAUACGCAUCCUCGUCUAAAUGAUCAUUGGCAUUUAACAAAAUGUUCAAUUAUUGACACCAAAGGUGCGACUGAUCACAACGCUGUUUUUGCUGAAUUUACACAAGUAUCGAAAUAA